UUUUUUUCCACCUUUUUUCAAAUAUCUUUUCGUGUGGAAAUUUCUAUUCUUGUUACCGUGGAAAAAAAUUUCUUAAAUAUAUUUAUUAUCUUUAUCGUGUCUAAAAUAUUUCUGUCGAUAUCGGCUUCUUAUAGUGUGCUCUGUACGUUAUGUCGUGAUGUGAAUGAUGGUGAUGAUGUCUUGAAGUUAAUAUUUCUUUCGUGUGGGAAACCCUUUUUCUAGAAUCCUGAUGAAUGUCUCCCUCUCUUAUUUACGACUCUGAUUUUACCGGUCAUCUAAUGUCAGAAUAUCUGUAAGCCAACCUUGUAGCAACUUCCCCUUUCACUUCUUUCUCUCUUUCUGUGUCCCUAUCUCUCCCCUUCCUCUCUUUCCCCUCCCUUUGUCUCUCUCUGAUUUUUUCCCUUUCCCUCCCUUUAUAUUCCUUUCUAUCUAUCCAUCUCCCUCUCGCUCAUUCUUUCUGUGUCCCUAUCUCUCCCCUUCCUCUCUUUCCCCUCCGUUUGUCUCUCUGAUUUUUUCCCUUUCCCUCCCUUUAUAUUCCUCUCUAUCUAUCCAUCCCCCUCUCGCUCAUUCUUUCUGUGUCCCUAUCUCUCUCCCUUCCUCCCUCCCUCCCUUUGUCUCUCUCUGAUUUUUUUUGCCUUUCCCUCCCUUUAUAUUCCUCUCUAUCUAUCCGUCUCUCUCUCUUUUUCACUUUCUCCAUUCAACGAGGGAAAAAACCCCGUGCACGGUGUGGUAGCUCGGCCUGCUAGGAAUAGCAGCUAAACUCUCCCCCGACGCACGUAAUAACCCUUUUAAAGGAAAGAAGGAAAAAAAACAAACAAACAAUGUAAUUAUACACACAUGCAUAUAUAGACCAUCGCCCUUCUCACCAUACACAUAUACGACUGGAUGGCCUCGGUUGGAACUCCUCUUCGUCACAGGUCUUCUCUUUCUGGGCUGACCUCAGGCCAAACAACAGCGAUCUGGAAUUAAUUCCGGCAGAAUCUUCCAUCACUGGACCGCAAACACCACCAACUCCAUUGGGUAUAUAUAUCUUGAACCUACGGAAUGAGUUCUUCAACCCAAAAUACCCGGACGACCUAUGUGUGCUCUGUAGGUGGGUGUUCUAAGAUAUUUAGUAAGAAACUUUAUCUUGAUCAGCACAUCCGCCAGCACACUGGAGAGAGACCGUUCCAUUGCACGAAUGAAGGCUGUGGCAAGACCUACUCCAGAAAAGACCACCUCAACCGACACUUAAAAUGGUGUUCAGCUUCACGGUCGGCCGGUUCCAGGGAGAGGCUAACAUGUUCUGAAAACGGCUGCUCAAAAACAUUCCAGAACUUGCAGAAUCUGCGUGUGCAUUUACGCAAUGUGCACGAGCGGAGUAAAAAUUAUAAAUGCCCAGUUGAAGGUUGUGGAAAAGUUUUCAAAAAGCACCAUGGAUUAAAACAACAUGAGUUUGAACACAGCGGGGUCAACCCUUUCUUUUGCAUGCAGUCUGGUUGCAAGAAAUCCUUUCACGUCUUCAGUCAUUUCAAACGACACAUGAAAGUGCACGAUGGCUAUAAAUGCGAGCAGUGCGCGGAAACAUUUGAAAAGUGGACGCAGUUGAUUAGACACAGGUCAACACAUCAUCGGCCACCACAGAAAUGUCCACACUGUGAUAAAACGUUUGCUUCGAAAUUAUGUUUGAAGAAACAUAUCAAAGUACAUUCAGAGACGCGUGAGGUGUUCAUAUGUUCGCGAGACGGUUGCGGACGUUACUACACAAUGAAACGAAACCUUGUCGCUCACAUAAAGUCCUACCAUGAUGGGCGUCGAUUUCCUUGCUCCCACGAGGGCUGCAGCCGUAGUUUUCCAUUUAAGCAUAAAAUGUUGGAGCACGUGAAGAGCCAUAUUCGUGUUCAUCCCCUGAAGAAAAAAUACCCAAAAAAAGGCCACCGUAAAAGAUCCAUGGCGAGUCGACUGUCUGGUUAUAUACCCACAACAUCUACAUCAACAUGUCGUAGCACAGAACUCGUCCCACCAGUACAGCCGAGAGAUAAUAAUUCUGUUAUUUCUAAAGCCGUUACUAAUAACAUUAAUGCUAGCCACUCCCUGGACACAGGCCGUACAGAUGGACCUAAGGCCCCUAAUCAACCCUCUAAUGUUUCAGUUAUUUCUCCAGUCUCAAAUGAUGUCAAGGUUGCAGACCGCAGUUGUGAUAAAGGGUCACGAGAAAUGUGUAAUGCCGACAAAGAGAGGACACCCACCAAUUUGAAACCACCUCCUCGUGAUACUGUCAUACACCUAGCAUCAUCAAAGCCAUCCGGUAGCAGCCAGAUUAAACCGACCCACACAACAACGACUGCUCAAUGUUGCAGCAACACCAAAAAGGAUAAAAUGAAUUUGAAUUCACCAAAAGAAGUAGCAACCGAAACCAACAAGGUUAAAGCUAGUCGUACGCCUCUCCCAACAACAAAUAUCAAAUUUGCUGAUUCUGGACAUAAACAGUCAAGCAGCUGCCAUAAGGAAACAGUAAUUACCUCUGUAACUCAUUCACAGUGUCAAGACAGUUCUACCCCUGGUUAUCCCAGCCAGAAUUCAGUAAAGAAACCAACCAAUAAAUACACCUGUUCUGUCAAAAGUUGUGGCAAAGAAUUUGUGUCUGCAUCUUCUUUGAAAAUUCAUCUGUUUUAUCAUACGGAGAUGCAAUGUUCUGCCUCCAUGGAUAGUUCUGCCAAACAACAAAUGGACGAUAUUCUUUAUUCAACCAAAGACUGUGUCGAAGUGUUUAGAAGUUCGAGGCCUUCCUCCAAACACCAACCUUGGAAUAACAGCACUAACAGUGGCGGCAGCCGCAGUAACGCAUCUUCCUGUAUCUCUUCCACUUCUCCAUCCCACCAUUCCUCGCAAGCGCCAACCCAAACCCCCAAUCAAAAACACCAGUUGCCAAGCUCCACUGCGACCACAGCGCAAGGGCCGACUUACCUCCACCAAAAACUUCUCUGUUCCAUAUGCGGGGACAUAUUUUUCAGCAGUUCGUUGCUCAGUCAGCACUUAAGAAGCCAUCCUUCGGCAGCACGCAACUCGUUCUCCUGCCCCAAACCGGGUUGUGGUCAGGUAUUCUUGGAAAAAUCUAAACUUGACCUGCAUGUCAAAGACCACUCCAGUCAUCGUUCCAAAUCCCAUCCCAUCUUCCAGUGCCCGUUAAAUGACUGCGACAUGACUUUUAAGUCCCAGUCACAGCUCAAAACCCAUGCCAAUCUUCAUUCCAUUAAGAAAUACUCAAAGUCUAAGCAAAAACUAGCCAAAAUUAUCUUGGGGAAAUAUUUCUAAAAUAUUAAUUAAAAAUAUCCUCACUAUCAUUAUUAUUAUUAUUAUUAUUAUUAUUAUUAUUAUUAUUAUUGAGUUCAAAUGCCACCAAUGUCAACUUUGCCUUUCAUCUUUUUGGGAGUCGAUAAAAUAAGUACCAGUUAUGCACUGGGGUUGAUGUAAUUGAUGUGCCACCUCCCCUGAACUUGGAGGCCUUGUGCCAAAAUUUGAAACCAUUAUUAUUAUCAUUAAAAAAAAGUGGUGAGCUGGCUGAAUCAUUAGCACACUAGACAAAAUGCCUAGCGUCCAUCUCUACGUUCUGAGUUCAAAUUCUGCCAAGGUUGACUUAGCUUUUCAUCGUUUUGGGGCUGAUUAUAUUAAAGUGCCAAUUGCACCCUAGAGUUCAUUGUAAUCAACCUACUCCCUCCUUAAAAUUUCUGGCCUUUUGCCAAAAUUUCAAUUUAUUUUUAUUUUUAUUAUUAUUUAAGAUGUCUCUUUUAGUUGUUUCGGUCAUUUGACUGCGGCCAUGCUGGAGCACCGCUUUCAGUCGGGCAAAUUGACCCCAGGACUUAUUCUUUGUGAGCCUAGUAAUUAUUCUGUCGGUCUCUUUUGCCGAACCGCUAAGUUACGGGGGCAUAAACACACCACCAUCGGUUGUCAAGCGAUGUUGGGGGGGACAAACAUAUACACACAUACAUAUAUACAUAUAUAUAUGAUGGGCUUCUUUCAGUUUCCGUCUACCAAAUCCACUCACAAGGCUUUGGUCGACUCAAGGCUAUAGUAGAAGACACAUGCCCAAGGUGUCAUGCAGUGGGACUGAACCCGGAACCAUGUGGUUGGUAAGCAAGCUCUUACCACACAGCCUCUCCUGUGCUGCACAGCAUCCAAUAUCGUGUGUACCGGUGGGGUUUGCACUGUUUGCCAAGUCACAACAGGGACCUCGGAUACAGAGUACUUUACGCAAUAUGCGUGCAGUUCCAUGUAAUGCCAACUUUUGCAAUACACCUAGAUUGUAGGGUAUUUCUAAGGUUUUCAGAUGUUUCUUCAGGUUGGGUGGUAUUGAACCCAAUGCUCCGAUGACAAUAGGGACAACCUUUAUAUUUGACUUUCGUAGAUGCCACAUCUGAGCGAUCUCAAUUCUCAGGUCUCCAUAUUUAUUAAUCUUUUUCUCUUGUGAUAAUAUGUUGAUCUCCCGGCACUGCCACAUCAAUUAUUAUUGGGCCCUCUUGUUUGUCCCUCUUAAAGGUUACUUUAUCCAGCCUUCGAUGAUCUAACACCCCUCGUCUGUCUGGAAGUCCAAAUCCCAGACGAUUUUUGCCUUCCCCUUUUUAUUAUUAUUUAUUUCUUUAUUGCCCCCAGGGGGCUAAACAUGGAGGGGACAAACAAGGACAGACAAAGGGAUUUAGUUGAUUGCAUCAACCCCCAGUGCGUAACUGGUACUUAAUUUCAUCUGUCUUCACGUUCUGAGUUCAAAUUCCACCGAGGUUGACUUUGCCUUUCAUCCUUUCAGGAUCAAUACAUUGAGUACCAGUGAUGCACUGGGGGUUGUUGUAAUUUACUAGUCCCCUCCCUACAAAUUUGAGGCCUAUAAAGCUGAACAGCAUUUCGUCCGUCUUAAAUGUUUUAAGGUCAAUUUCCACCGAGGUUGACUCUGCCUUUCGUCCUUUCAGGGGUCGAUAAAAUAAGUACCAGUUGAACACUGGGGUCAAUGUUAUUGACUCAUCCCCUCCCCUAAAAAUUGCUGCCCUUGUGGCAAAAUUUAAAACCAUUAUUAUCAUUGUAUAUUUAAGAGAUGAGGACUUAUGUACAUUAUUUAUAUUUGGCGGAUUUUUGUCCUCAUCUUGUUUGUAUGGCGUAGUGGUUGAGGGCACAGGCUACUAACCCCAAGGUUCUGAGUUCAAUUCCAAGCAGUGACCUGAAUAAUAAUAAUAAUAAAUAAUAACAAUAAUAUCGAAAAAUACCUUAGGAAUGAGAACCUAGGUUCGAAAUUUCCCCAAGACACCUGAUGAAGGCUGGAGGGUAUAUCAGCUAAAAUGUCGUGUUAACAAACAAGGACAAAUAUCCGUCAAAUGUAAAUAAUUUAUUAUUAUUAUUAAGAUGGUGAGCUAGCAGCACCGUUAGCACGCUGGACAAAAUGCUUAGCGGUAUUUCGUCCGUCGCUAUGUUCUGAGUUCAAAUUCCGCCAAGGUCGACUUUAAAGUUAUCAUAUGUUGUCAACUUAAUGUGACAGUCCCAUGAAAGGAAAGAAUGCUACUGUUAUUUAGUCCUAGGAAACACCGCUUCCCAUUGGACCCGGUGUUUCCUAGGGCUAAAUAACAGUAGCAUUCUUCCCUUUCAUGGGACUGUCACAUUAAGUUGACAACAUACCAUCACUUUAUCGUGCUGCUACUGCAUAAAUCUCUCUGAGAGAUUUAGAAAUAUAUUAUUUUGAGGUCAACUUUGCCUUUCAUUCUUUCAGGGGUCAAUGAAUCAAGUACCAGUUACUCACUGGGGUCGAUGUAAUCGACUUAAUCCCUUCCCCCAAAUUUGAGGCUUUACACCUAUAGUAGAAAGAAUUCUUUUUAUUAUCGAUAAAGGUGGCAAAAUGGCAGAAUCGUUAGCGUGUCGAACGAAAUGUUCUUGAGUUCAAUUUUUCAUUUCACUCCUUUUUUGGUAUCGGUCAAUAAAAUUAGUACCAGUUGCACACUGGGGAGUUGAUGUAAUCGAAUUACUCACCCCCCACUCCUCGACAAUUUCAGGCCUUGUGCUUAUAGUAGAAAGAAUUAUUAUUAUUAUUAUUGAGAUUAAAUGAAUGGUUCAAGCGAAUGUCAGACAGAGUCUCUGCUCGUACAAAUAGUUUAGCAUUGCACUUUAUAGUUUGCUAGUGAAGGGGACGCUGUGUAUUGAGUACUAAGUUUUUCUGUAAAUUUGUAAACCUGUCUGAUCUAUGCUGCUGUAAAUACAAGAUGGAAUGUGUAGCUUUAUGUUAGCAUGUCUGCUGGUUCUGUUUUAUGUACAUUUUUCUAUGCCAGCAAGGGUUGGCUGAGUCCAAAUGUGUAUAUAAUAUAUUUUUACGGAGAUGUACUUGCAUAGCAAGUGACCUGAUCUGAGAUCGUGUGCUGGAAUGAAAACAAUUGCAGUGUGGAAGAUGUUUAUAAGCCAUUUAAGAAACACACCAAAACCGUUAGAUUCACUUCAACAUUUAAGUUUAAUUUGCCAAAAUAUUUUCAUCGCUUUGAGACGGAAUUUUGUCAGUAAACAGGCCGCGGUCUCAAAGCGACGAAAAUAUUUUGGGAAAUUGAAUUUAAAUGUUUUGGUGUGUUUCUUAAAUAGCUUAUAAACACC